AUGAACCUCAACGAAUUCGCAGAAGCUCAGAAACCGCAUUAUACCGUUUAUCCUAAAGUAAAAAGACGUAAGGUUAGUUGCCUAAAGGGUGUUGACCCUUUCGUCAAACUUUUGUCUGGUAAAGAAUCACUCGAGAUGGUUCAUAAGAGGUGGACGCUAUACCAUCAACUUCAUUCUCAAUUUUAUGCUCAAGUUGAUGAUAUAGUGGAGAGGAUUGAACUAGAUAUGCGUAGAGAAAUCUCGAGUGUAUUGGCCAAAGAAACAAAUCUACUAUCACCUUGCUUCAACUGCCUAUUUCUCUUGGGUUCAGACAGCACUACUAGCAUAGAGCUGCCAAAUGAUGAUGCAAAUAAAAUGAACGUAAUCAUAGACUUGACGCCGAAGGAAUCGCCGAACGUAAGAAUGAUGUUAAGGAGAUCAAUGUUCAGAUUAUUGAGUGCUGCGGAGUCGCCAAAUCAAACUACAAAGAACGUGCUCAAAACUGAACACUCAGAGGAUUUGGUAGAGGUUGGGGAUGGGCUUGAUCUAGCGUCAUCCCCAGACCUGGGAGUUUCUUACGAUCUCUCUCUGGUGCAGAAUUUUCGAAAGAUUUUCAGAAAGGGACUCAAGCUCGUUUUCAAUUUUAAGGAAGUGGACUCUUUCAAUUCUCAAGUCCUUGAUGAUUUCAUAAAUCUUUUGAAAUCUUCUUUAAACUAUGAAGAUAUUGAAAUUUGCCUUGUGCUCAAUAUCAAUACAAACUUAUCAAAUAUACAAAAGAAUUUGAGACAAUCAACCAUUAGGCUAUUAAAAAAGAACUUUUCGGUCAUAGACCUCUCUCAUAACAAAGGCUUCAAAUAUGCAAAUCAAACAUUUCAAAGCUUUUUGAAUACCGUUGAUGGAAAGUUAAACCUGUCGUCGGAAUUCGUGGAGUUUAUUCUUGAUAAGAUGUCAAAUAACUCGACACACAAUCUUCAAUUGCUCACAAAAAUAUUGGACUACUCCUUGAUGUCUUACUUUUUCCAGAAUCCUUUCUCAGUGUUCAUUGACCAAACAAAUGUGAGACACUUUGACGAGAAUUAUCUUCCUCCUCUUGUCAAAUGCCCCACAUUCAUGACAUUCAUCGAGGGUAUGGUUCGGAACCACGCUCCUUCCGAAGAGAUAAUGUGCUUGCUAGAGAAUGAAGAUUCCAAUCUUGAAGAGUUUUUUGCAGAGUUUCUGGUAAGAGAGAAUCCGAUUAAUGGUCACUUAAAGUUAGUUGUGGAAGUCCUUGAAAAUCAGCUUGGUGUCUUCAAUUAUAACCUUAUUGAUCUCUAUUUCCACAUGCUGACCGGCAAACUUAGUACCUUUCUGUCUAGAUGGCCAGAGUGUCAGGAGUUUGACGAUAUUCUCAAAUUCGAGCCGGUGGAUAUUGUAUUCCAGGAGCUAUUUACAUUGGAUAACAGCAAGGAGUUGUUUUCUCAGUCCUUAUUUCCGUACUUGCGAACAAACCUUGAGGACAAUUUGAUCAACUCCGAUCGAAUCAUGCCACCCCCUUCAAAGCGCACGCAUAAACCAAAGACGCCACAGGAAGAUUUUGGGACGCUAAUCGAUUUACCUUUGUGCCAGCUUUUUGGUCUAUACCGGGAAGCGAGCUCACUGAUCAAUCUUUUCGACUUUUAUUGUGCUUUCAAGGAAACUCUUCCUAAAGAUCAGUUACUGAACUAUGUCAAGAGCAUUCUCGAUCUUAAAAUGUUCGAGCUGACUGAAGAACAAAGGACUAGACUAUUAGCCAUGGCAAAAGACGACGAUUUAAGCAAUUUGGUAGACAAGAUGAUCUUGGUUUGGUUCAUUCAAUCUGUAUCUGAAUUCCAACAGAUAGGACUUUUAAAGACGAAUAACAACAGCUCUUACGAAGUCGUCGAAAAAUGCAUAUGGAGAGGUUUGUAG